AUGCUGGGCCACUUUCUUUGUGGCAACUUCUUGGGCCAUUUCGAUGAUCAACAUGAGUCGCCGCCGGCCAGUGAUCCUUCUGAGUCGGAGAGCGAAAAGGACCUCUACAUGCCCAGAGACUGUGAGACUCCGGCAGGCAAAACCAAAAAGACGUUCACCUAUGGCCGUGCCGGGCGUGACUGGAACCAGUACCGCAUGCCCAUUGUCGUGGAAUCCCGCAUUGGAAAGGAGGUGAUCCGCUCUCAAUUUGUGGGCAUCCGCGUGACGCGACGGGAGUUGGCUCCGGGCAUGGCCAAGAAGCUGGCACAGGUGGACGUGCACACCAUCGAGAUCAUUCAGUGCAAGCUGAAGGAGGAGCCUCCUCUCAGUGAGAUGUCUGUGGUCGUUCUGAAGCUCUCACGCAACGAGCUCACUUGCCUCAGCCGGCCGGAGAAGCCCAAGGAAGAGCAGAAACCGCUGCGCCUGGAGACAUUCGCAUGUGACCGAAACAAGCUGCAGCAAGUGGAACCAGGAGCCCUCUCUGAGAAGCUGGUUGCCAGCCUGCAGGUCUUGGACCUCUCACGGAAUCAGCUCUCCUUCCUUCCGGGGGACUUUCUCUCUGGAGCCCGACAGCUCCGGUAUUUAGACCUCUCUCACAACCAGCUCUUCUCCCUGCCAGAUAGCAUUUUGGGAUGCCGAAGGCUGUUGAUCCUCAAGGUGGAUAGCAAUGAGAUCGAGCAACUGCCCAACUCUUUUGGGCAGUUGAGGGGGCUUCGAAAGCUCACGGCCUCCUACAACGCCUUGACUCAGCUGCCGGAAGACAUUGGAGAAUGCAAGCUCUUGGAGAAAAUCCGCGUGGUCAACAACCAAAUCACGGUAAUGCCGCAUAGCCUUUUGCAGCUGUGGAAGCAGAAGGGUGGUGCAUUGGAAGAGCUGCUGGUGGAUGGCAAUCCCCUGAUUCAGCCAAGCAUCACGGCCUUCCAAAUGGGUGGCCUGGACCAAGCACUGCGGCUCUUUGGUGAGUGGGUGGCCAUGGAGGAGUCUCAAGAAGCUGAAGACCAGGUCGCCCCACUACCAGAGGAGCUGGUGACGACAGUAGAGGAGCAGCAUCGCUCCAGUGUGACGAGUGGGAGGGAUUCUGCUUUCUUGCGCGAUUCCGCUGUGAUGCGGGACUCCAUGCGUGAGUCGAUACUCUUCGCAGAGGUCGAUGAGGUGUCGUCCGUGGCUCCUUCCAGUCGACCUGACCGUCCCGCGGGGGAUCAAGACGAAUUUCAUCUAGAGGAUUUGGACCUGGAGGUGGUCCAGGUGAUCGAAUCAGGCAAGCGAAUGUCGAAGUUCACAAUGUCUCAGACCGACUUCGAUCGCCUUCAAGAACGCUGCAGCAAGUCACAGUCGGACGACCAGCUCGAACCUUACUACUUUUCGCACGUACAGGGUGACAGCAGCGAAAUCCAUUCUAUUCGAAGCGCCGAAUCUGCACUUCUUCUGCUGAAGAAGCGCUAUUUCGUGCUCCGGCAGCAGGACAUAGCCAUGGAGCUGACGAAGGCUGCGGGCGAUGAUGCUGAGGCCCUGGAGAGAGAUGUCACUCCAGAACUCUGGGAAUUGUUCCGUGCAGAGUUUGAUCCUAUGAAGUACAAUGGCAAGGUACCCAUCCAAGACUUGGACUUGUACUUUUGCACAUUGGUCUAUGGAAGCAAGCCGGCCUUCACAUCCAUCCACGCCCUGUGGGACAAGUUCGAGGUUGGAGAGAAGGGCCACAUGACGAAGGAUGAGUGGCUGAACCUUUGCACUCGGGUGAGGACGAAGUUGCCGAAAAAUGCACAGCUGGAUAUUUGGAGCCAACUGGCCUGGCGUGACAAGGUGAAAAUUCAGAAACAAGACUUUGUGGCUGGCUGGCACAUCCAUGACCCGGAACUGAACGAUGUGCAUAUCAAAAGCACCGCUGAGAAUCUCAAGCUCGAGUACUAUGGCAUGUCUGUCGAAGAACUUCAGGAACGCAUGAGGACCCGCCUCGCGGAGGAUGCGGAAGUGAACUUCUCAAGACCUGGCGAGCGCAAGGGCAAUACCAUUGUCUCUCUUCCGAUGGGUGAGGGCGAGCGCCGAUUCGACGUCCGUGACGUGCGCGAGCGCGAUGGCAUUUGGUGA